UCUGCAUUCCUCUCUGAGAAAACCAGUACACCUUUAAACCUCCUUUACUUGUAUUACAAUCCAGAAUAUCUUCUGUCAUAUUCACCCAAAAUAUCAUACUUGUUACGUUAUUCUCCUCCUCCUUGCUACUUUAAGGCGCAGACAAAACGGGUCUACCUUUGUGGAUGCUGGGAUUCGGGGCGGAGCGCUUGCGGGCUGACAUGAAUCGUUUGCUCGCAUUACUCUUCCACCAGGGAGUGUUGGAUGAGCAAUUUUUACAGCUCCAGCAGCUUCAAGAUGAGUCCUCUCCGAACUUUGUUUCUGAGGUUGUUAACAUAUACUUCCACGAAUCUGAGAAGCUGUUGAGGAAUCUCAGAGGAUUGCUGCUGGAUAGAGAGUUCUCGGACUUCAAGAAAAUGGGAAGUCAUUUAAAUCAGUUUAUGGGUAGCAGUUCAAGCAUUGGUGCCCAAAGAGUCCGAAACGUUUGCGUCGCCUUUCGCGCUGCUUCCGAGCAAAGUAACAGAGCCGGGUGUAUGAGAGCCUUGGAGCUGCUAGAAUGUGAGUACUGCUACCUUAAGAACAAACUGCAUGAACUGUUUCAGAUUGAGCAGCAGAGAAUCCUAGCAGCUGCAGUGAGAUACCCGCCAGUUCAGCACCCCAUAAACAACCCGUAGCCCCAUUUUUGCCUGUAAAUUGCAGAGCAGGAUCCAGUUUAUCCGGAAGGGGAAGCGAAGUAAAAAGUACUGAUGGUGACUGAUUUUUCACCUGAUUAGACAUAUGCCUUUAUAAAUGGUUUUGUUUGCAUUUUGGGUUUUUUUGAUGCAAAUGAAUGCUACAGUCACAAUUGAAGAAGGCUGCAGUUUUUGGGUUUCCAAGUCUUGUAGGGAUUCAGCUUUAGAUGGUUUAGCUUAGCUUAUUUCUUUUCUUUGUCGAACUGCCACUUCUGAUGAAACCAAAAAAGCAGCAUGUAAAAACUCUCAGCCUUCGAUCAAAUCUAAUGUGUAAGCCGGGGAAGGCACUCUAUUUUAUGAAUCAAUGAAAAGCAGUCAGAUCA